AUGAAGCUCGACGCAAAAGCCAUGCGGUAUUUCACCGCAGAAGACUUCCGAGUCCUCGCAGCUGUCGAGGCCGGAAGUCGCAAUCAUGAAGUGGUUCCUACGCCGUUGAUAGUUCAAUUGUCUGGUUUGAGGGGCGGCAGUGGUGUUCACAGAAGUAUUUCGAAUUUGGCAAAAACGAACCUCAUUGCGAAGGUGAAGAAUGCUAAGUACGAUGGAUACCGAUUAACCUACGGCGGUCUUGAUUACUUAGCCCUCAACACCCAUCAAAAGCAAAAAAGCAUAUACUCGGUCGGAAACCAAGUCGGAGUUGGAAAAGAAUCAGACAUCAUCGUCGUCGCCGCUUCCGACGGGUCACAACGCAUUCUCAAAAUCCACCGUCUCGGUCGUAUCUCUUUUCGAACCGUCAAGACGAAUCGAGAUUAUCUUCGCAAUCGCAGCACCGGGUCAUGGAUGUACAUGUCGCGACUAGCCGCUAUCAAGGAGUUUACAUUUAUGAAGGCUCUCAGGGAGAAUGGGUUCCCGGUCCCAGAGCCUAUUGCGCAAAAUCGACAUACUAUUGUGAUGAGUUUAAUCGAUGCUUUUCCUCUACGACAGAUUGCCAAGGUCGGAAACCCUGCUGUCCUAUAUGCGGAGUUGAUGGCUAUGAUAGUCGAACUUGCACGUUACGGAUUGAUUCACGGUGAUUUCAACGAGUUCAACAUCUUGAUCAAAGAAGAGCCGAUUACCAAUGGAAAGGGGAAAGCCGCAGAGAAUGCAGAACCCAGUGAUGAGGAUAUCCGGCUGGUACCAAUACUCAUCGAUUUUCCACAAAUGGUGUCUGUCGAUCAUGUCAAUGCAGAGAUGUAUUUUGAUCGUGAUGUGAAUUGUAUAAAGAGAUAUUUCAAGCGGCGAUAUGGGUUUACAAGUGAUGAUCCCGGUCCUUUCUUCAAGGAUGCGAUGAAGCAGCUACGGAAGAAUCCAGGGAAGAGGUUGGAUGUUGAGGUUGAAGCGUCUGGAUUUUCGAGGAAGAUGGCGCGCGAGUUGGAGAAGUAUAUGAAGGAUGUGGGGGUUGAUGGCGAUGGUGGCACUGCAGAACGAAGUGAUCUUGAUGACGACAACGAAAAUGAUUAUGAUGAGGAUGACGAUUCAGAGGAAGGCGAAGAGGGAGACGAGGGGGAAGAGGAGGAAGAAAGCGUUGGCGAUAGUAAAGACCAACACGUAGACUCGACCGAUCGUGAUAUAGAAUCAAAUUCGCAGAGGAUAGCGGAUCUGAAAGUGUCCGAUUCCGGUUGA